GGAUCAAACCUGCGACCUUUGGAUCCAAAGGCAGCAGUUCUAACCACUCACUACCAGCUGUCCCAAUACAUUGAGCCACUUCAUCCACUCAGUCAUAUAUAUUAUUCAUUUGCUUGUUUCCAAAGUGAGGUACGACUCGAAGUAAAGGGAAGAGCGUCGACAAAUGUAUUUGCUGAGCGUUGGCUGAGGUGUACGUCGCUUUGGACAAAAGCAUCUGCUAAAUGAAUAAAUGUAAAAAGAGCCUCAGUCAGGGGGUUAUUGACGCACAGCUUGUCUGUUACUGCUGUGCUGCUGCUUGACAUGCUUUCGUCAACUGCCUGUGGAACUGAGUCCAGUGUGAAGGGUGCGCCCGCCGGCCGCUCGCACGCACGCACUUGUGUCCCGCUCUUUGUUCCCCUCCUCAGGAGUCGCAUCGUAACGUGGGCCGGUGCUGUGAGAUAGAGAUGGUGCUGCAGCGCCAGUCUCCUUGUUGUGAGGAGGGCCAGAAUGGAGCGGGAGACGGUCGCGUUCCGUCGCUGCCGUAGCCGGAUUCGACCCAGGCGCAAAGAGCCCCCUUGAGCGGGCGCAUGGUCAGCGUGAGGCACGAGUUGCAGAGCGGUUAUGAAACCAACUGUUUUGCUUACCAGUGCAGUGGCCAAAGUUCUGUUUCUGUAUAAACACUGCGCUCCCCCCCCCACCCCCCACGAGAGAGGGGUCCUUCCUGUGUUUGGUCGGCCCCUGGAGGCUGUGGAGCUUCACUGCUUUCCACUGCUCUUUCUUGCACUCCUCCCAGCCACCUGCUUCCUCCUCCCACUUCUCAUCCUCCUGGUUGCGGAUGUGAGCGUUUUUGGGGAGUUUGCCUGUGUGUGGGGGUUCCUUCAUUCACUUCCAAAAAUGUGUUCUGAAGAACUAGCAGGGAUGUUCAGCAGCUGCAAGCGAAGGGGGUGGGGGGUUGGGACAUUGCCAGAGGAAGCCCCUCUCCGUGGCAGUUGAUCCCUUCUCCGGCGUUUUGGUCUUCUUAACAGCUGCGCUUUGCCUAUUCAACCCCCCCUCCAACUGGGGCAGGUCUAGGGACCCAUUCCCACAGAGCUGCUGUAUCAGCAGAGCGGAUGGUGGGUCAAGGGUUUCAAGGCAUGUUUUCUGGUGGUUCUGUUGGGCAAUUGUGGUUCAGGAGGAGUACAGUGGUGACAAUGACUUGUGUUGGUUGCAGUUAGAAUUUUUGCUGCUCUCACGGUUCGUGAUCCAUGUAAGCAGGUGGUGGUUAGUGUUGUUACCUAGUGUGAAGGUCCAGCCUUCAAAUUCCUAUAUUGCUGUAUGACUCUUGAUCAUGGUGUUUGUCCUGAGCUAGUUGGGUAAAUCAUUGUAAAGCGCUUUGUGCAGCUCUGUAAGUCACUUAAGCAGAGGUCUCAAAUAAAGUGUAAUUAGUAUCAUUCUGAAAAGUCUCUCCUCUCUCCUGCAGGUACUGAUCUGCAGUAGUCCCUCCUGACUCGACACAGAAGCGUUCUUUAACCCUACCGACAUCCAUUACGUCCCCAAAGUGGCCCCUGUUGUAGUGUCCUGGGCAUCAGGAGAGACUUGGGAGACUGGAGCUGCGUUUCCUGGUGUCGCUGUUACCCAGCAACAUCCCGUCCUCUCCACUUUCCUGAGCAGCAACAGCUGCUUCCUGAAUCCUUUUCCUGUUCUUGGUGGAACAAGGCUACCCCCCACCCCACACAUACACACUGCUAAUACUACUCUACUCGUGUAUACAUACGCACACGCACAGAGACUGCUGUGGCGGACUGAGCGGACUCUCUGAGUCCUUUCCUUCUUGUGGUGUGACCCAGAGAUAUGACCUCAAUGUCCAGCCUGUUCUCCUUCACCAGCCCGGCCGUGAAGCGGCUGCUGGGUUGGAAGCAGGGUGACGAAGAAGAGAAGUGGGCCGAGAAGGCGGUCGAUGCCCUGGUGAAGAAGCUGAAGAAGAAGAAAGGUGCCAUGGAGGACCUGGAGAAGGCCCUCAGCAGCCCAGGGCAGCCCAGCAAGUGCGUGACGAUCCCACGCUCGCUGGACGGCCGGCUCCAGGUGUCCCACCGCAAGGGUCUGCCCCACGUCAUCUACUGCCGAGUGUGGCGCUGGCCUGACCUGCAGUCCCACCAUGAGCUCAAACCCCUGGAAGUGUGCGAGUACCCCUUUGGCUCCAAGCAGAAGGAGGUCUGCAUCAACCCGUACCACUACAAGCGGGUGGAAAGUCCAGUGCUGCCUCCAGUGCUGGUUCCCCGCCACAGCGAGUUCAACCCACAGCACAGCCUCCUGGUUCAGUUCCGGAACCUGAGCCACAACGAGCCACACAUGCCUCUGAACGCCACCUUCCCCGAGUCGUUCCAGCAGCACCUGUCGCCCAACUCUCCAUAUCCUCCUUCGCCGGCGAGCAGUGGCACCUACCCAAAUUCACCUGCCAGCUCUGGCCCUUCCAGCCCCUUCCAGUUGCCAGCUGACACCCCACCCCCAGCCUACAUGCCCCCUGAUGAGCAGAUGGGGCAGGAUGGCUCGCAGUCCAUGGAAACUGGGAGCAGCAUGGUGCCCCAGAACAUGCCCCGAGGAGACGUUCAGCCUGUGGAAUAUGAGGAGCCCAGCCACUGGUGCUCCAUUGUCUACUACGAGCUGAACAACCGCGUAGGUGAGGCCUACCACGCCUCCUCCACCAGUGUGCUGGUCGAUGGCUUCACCGACCCGUCCAACAACAAGAACCGCUUCUGCCUGGGACUUCUGUCCAAUGUCAACCGCAACUCCACCAUUGAAAACACUCGGCGCCACAUUGGCAAAGGAGUCCACCUGUACUACGUGGGGGGUGAAGUAUAUGCCGAAUGCCUCAGCGACACCAGCAUCUUCGUCCAGAGCCGCAACUGCAAUUACCACCACGGUUUCCACCCCACCACUGUGUGUAAGAUCCCCAGCGGUUGCAGCCUGAAGAUUUUCAACAACCAGGAGUUUGCCCAGCUGCUGGCCCAGUCCGUCAACCAUGGCUUUGAGGCAGUUUAUGAGCUCACGAAGAUGUGCACCAUCCGCAUGAGCUUCGUCAAGGGUUGGGGAGCCGAAUACCACCGACAGGAUGUUACCAGCACCCCCUGCUGGAUAGAAGUGCACCUGCAUGGGCCCCUGCAGUGGCUGGAUAAAGUACUGACACAAAUGGGCUCUCCCCUGAACCCAAUCUCCUCAGUUUCCUAAUGAUGGUUUCCUCGUGGGUCGGGUGCUUUUCUAUUUUCUUUUACUUUUUUAAUUUUACAGUUUUUUGAUUACAAGAAAAUGAGUCAAGGCUGAACUGUUUACACUACAUGCAGAAGGAAUGUUUAUUUUUUUUAGUUUUUUUUUUUUUUUAAUGGCAAUAACACUGGGUCACAGUGACACACAAAGGCAACAGUAAUAUUGGAAACACACACACAUAUAAAAUUAACUACAAGUGUAGACCAUAACUACAAAGUAUCAUUAAGUUGAGUUAAAUUUUUAGAAACUGACACAGGACUUUGAAAGAUUUCAGUAGAAUUUUUUUGAGCGGACCGAUUGCCCUUUAAUAUUUCGGCAUAUUGAAGUCCUUCACCUUCUUAUUAUAUUAACACCCCCAGUGAUCAUUUUAACUUAACUCACUUUUACAACAGUCCUUACCUCAGAAGGUCUGUUGUCAGAUGGACUGGAACAUGUGACCCAGUGAGGUACAAUACAUAGAAAAUAUCGGGGGGGGGGGAGCGAA